AUGGUGACCCUCGAAGAGGUCGAGGGCAGUCUCUUGCAGAAGCCAUCUGAUGCUGCCCACGAAGUUCCUUCCCGGAGUGCUUCCACCUAUAAACCCCUGCAAUCCUUCGUCCUCGACAAGCAACGUUCCUACAAGCAACAGUAUGGAGACAUGUACUUCCUGCGUCUUACAAAGAUUAAGCCAGCUGUCGAUCAAGUAGCCGCCGCGGCAUGGAAUGGCACUACUAUUGGUGAUGAGGAAGCCCAAAGGGUUGAACGGGUGCUCGAUGUCCGUCAGGGAGAGCUAUGCUGGGUGACAGGCACCGUAUAUAUGGAGAUGCCCCUUAAGCCGAAUAUUCUGGAGGACGUGUCCAAGGACCGCUGGAUCUCCGCUCCCAUCUCGACACCCAAAUACUUCUCCGAAGAUGAUCAGGUUAUGCUAGAGGACGAGUCGGGUCGUAUCAGACUGGUUGGUGACCUGCUCAAGACAAUAAACCUUGUGACAGGGUGCAUUAUCGGGGUUGUGGGCACCGAAAAUGCCAACGGAGAACUCGAAGUCAUCGAUAUCAAAUUCCCCGACCUACCUCCUCAACCGGAACGUUGGAGCCUCUCAAAGCCUGCUGCGGACAAGGACAAGACGGAGAAUGAAGAUGAAGAGAUGACAGACGCCUCGGAAAAGAAGAAGGGCAACAAGAAGAUUGCCAUUGUGUCUGGAUUAUCUUUCUCGGGCACUGACGCUUCCUACGCUCUUGAGCUUGAUCUGCUUCUUGAGUAUCUGCUUGGUGAAGCCCUGGCCUCAUCAAAUCAAAUCGACAUCUCACACAUCAGCCGUCUUAUCAUCGCUGGAAACUCGAUCUCAACAACAGACCGCAAACCUGCCGCUGCAGAUGAAGCGCUCCCAGAAAAGAAGGGCCAGAAGAAGUAUGGUUACGACGCCAGUGCCUAUAACCCUCUUCCUUCUCAACUCUUUGAUUCUUUUGUCGCUGAGCUCCUCCCCUCUAUCCCCGUUACAAUGCUUCCGGGUGCCCAGGAUCCUGCGAACGCUAGUUACCCGCAGCAGCCUGUGCAUCCGGCAAUGUUUCCUGCCGCACGAGCUUACACUCGCGACCCAGCUGCCUCAGACGACCAACCAGCCUGGUUCGAUACCGUUACAAACCCUUGGGAAGCUGAGCUCGAAGGAUGGCGCGUCCUGGGUACCGGUGGUCAAAACGUCGACGAUGUUUUCAAGUACGUGGGCAGCGAUGACCGUCUUGGUAUGAUGGAGGCUAUGUGCAGAUGGCGAUGCUGUGCCCCGACCGCACCUGAUACACUAUGGAGCUAUCCAUUCCAAGAUGACGAUCCAUUCGUUAUGCAGACCUGCCCUCAUCUCUAUUUUGUCGGCAACCAACCGCAGUUCUCAACCAAGGUCAUUCAUGGGCCUGAGGGUCAGUCAGUGAGACUAAUCACCGUCCCAUCCUUCUCGCAAACGAAAGAGUUGGUGUUAGUCGACACUGAGACACUCGAGGUGGAGAGGAUCAAGAUAUCUACGACAUAA